GUGUCUCAUGCUGAGGUUGUCUAGACUCUCGCACAAGACCAUCUGGUUUUAAGAAAAUUAGAGAGAUUUGCAUAAAAAAAGUUUUUUCGAUUCAGAAAAUUGUUCAAAAUACAUUGAUGAAAUCAUAAGAAGUGACCAUCUAUGGUGAUUGGUAAUGCCUUUCUCUCUUCUCUGCCUAUUCUACAGACUACACAAAUACAGAACUGUAAAUGCCAGUAAAAUCAAUUAAGAAAACAACACAAAUAGGAAGACGGAGAAAAAUCCAUGGAGAAACUAAAGUCAAUAAUUCCAUUAAAGAUUAAGAGAGAGAUAGAAGAAAGCUGUGUAGAAGAACUUUCUUCAACUAGUUCUUCCCUCCAUGAAUUCUUGGCUGAAUACCCACUUUUUCAAUCAAUGUUGCAGGACUUGACAAAUCCUCAAAUGGGUCUUUGUACCAAGAACAAGGAGGCUGCUAUUGAGUUUAAGCUUAAAGGAAAUGAUUGCUUUUCUUCAUCUGAUUAUUCCCAGGCUGCGUAUAUCUAUUCUCAGGCUUUACGUGUUGCUCCGGUUGAUGCUUCUGACAAAGACAACAACUUGGUUGCUAUGUUGUAUGUGAAUCGGGCUUCCUCUCUUCAUAAGUUGAAUCUUUUAGAGGAGUCCCUACGAGAUUGCAACCGCGCCCUUUCUUUUAGUCCACGAUAUGCCAAGGCUUGGUACAGAAGAGGCAAGGUCAACUCUUCUUUGUUAAACUAUGAUGAUGCAAUCUGUGAUCUGAAUGUUGCCUUGAAAAUUGAAAGUUCUAAUAGUGGAAAGAGACAAAUACAAACUGACUUGUAUUCAAUAGCAAACAAGAAGAACGCUGCCAAUUCUUGUCAUGAGCUCAGAAGAGAAGAGCAGCUUGUAAUUGAUGAGUUACCGGAAGCAAAGCUGUUCUGUGUAUCAACUCCAACUAAAGGGAGGGGUAUGGCUUCAUUGUUUGAUUUAUCUCCAUCUUCUUUAGUUCAUAAGGAAGAACCUUAUGCUGCGAUAAUUUUGAAGGGAUUCCGAGACACUCAUUGUCAUUUUUGUUUCAAUGAACUGCCAGUUGAUAACAUUCCGUGUACAUCAUGUUCAAUACCAGUGUAUUGCUCUGAGCAUUGUCAAAUACAGGCUGGAGGAAGGAUCUCUAGUGAAUUUUCAGUAAACAAAGAAACGGAUGAUACUUUUUCUGAUAAACUUCAAGCGCAUUAUGCAAAGGUGACUUCGGAAAGUAAUUUAGAUUCUGGCAUAAAGUGCUUCACUGAACACGGACAUGAAUGCCAUGGUGUGAAUUGGCCUGUUGUAUUACCGGCCCAUGUAGUAUUGGCUGGUCGGAUUUUAGUAAAGUUAAUGGAACUACAGGAUUUUUCGAAAAAUUUGGAUCUUUCUCAUAAUUAUGCACAUCUCCCCCCUGAAAGUAAAGUGGAGUUGCAUGUAUACGCAGUCGUGUUACUUUACUGUGUUCGAUCUUCAUGUAGAUCUAAAUUUGAGCUUGAUGGAGCUACUUUUGCAAAGGUUAUCAUUCUUAUUUCUCAAAUAAAUGUGAAUUCCAUGGCAAUAGUUCGAAUGAAACAUGCUGAUGUAAACCCUCUUCUUAAGCAAUCAGAUUUCACUGUGUGUGGAAAUACUAUGACAAGCAAAGUUGAGCAGGUGAGAGUUGGACAAGCUAUUUACUUAUCUGGAAGUCUAUUUAACCAUUCCUGUAUGCCAAACAUCCAUGCAUAUUUCAUUUCUCGUACUCUUCUAAUAAGAGCCACGACAUAUGUGGUCAAUGGAUGUCCGCUGGAGAUGUCCUAUGGGCCACAGAUUGGGCAGUGGGAUUACAGAAAACGCCAGCAAUUUCUACUUGAUAAUUAUUCAUUUAAAUGUCAGUGUAGUGGUUGCUCUAGAGUUAAUCUGCCUGAUCUUGUCCUAAAGGCAUUCUGCUGUGCCAAACCAAAUUGCUCGGGUGUGGUUCUUGAUGACGAUAUGAUUGAAUAUGAGAAGCAAAAGUUCUCUCAAUUACGAGAGACAUCUGAAGUAAAUAGCAUGGAACAGCUGGGAGAGUUUGAAAAGUUGAUGGUUAAUGAGGUAAAGAAUGUGGCUUGCCUCGUGUUCGAAUGCAGUAGAUACUACCCUGCAAUUGAGUGUGGAUGUUGCCUAAAAUGUGGUUCCACUAACGAUUUGAAGUCUCUGCAUGCAACAGUUGCUAAAGCCGAUAAAUAUAUACAAAGUUUGCAGGAGGCUGUUGUUUCAAAUGAGGUUAAUGCUGGUCUCCUAUUAAAGGCAUUGAAUGCUCUUGAUAUUUUGAAAUCAACUCUUCAUGCAUUUAACAAGAAACUUGCAGAGACACGGGAUAUUCUUGCUGAAGCAUUUUGUUCAGUUCAGGAGUUACGAAAAGCAAUUGACCACUGUACGUUGUCCAUUGAGAUUCUUAAGAAGCUUUACGGGCACAGUGACAUUGCCCUUGGAAAUGAACUCAUAAAGCUUUCAUCUCUUCAGCUAGCCUUAGGUGAUACUGCAGCAGCAGCAGAGACUGUAAAUCAGAUGGAUGCAAUAUUCUCAAACUACUAUGGGAAGCAUGCUGAACUCAUGUUUCCGUAUUUGCUAUAUCUCAAAAGGGAAGUUCAUAAGUUACUGGCGAGUCGUCUUACAUAAAAUGUAUGCUUUCCAUGUUGGUAUUUCACAUCAUCCUUUAUACAAAGCAACUAGUUUUGCAUAUUUUUCUUUCCUAUGAUAGGGAUAAGACUUUUUUGUCAGGACUUAUUUUGUAAAAUUAGCUUAAAGUAUUUUUGUUUAAGUACGAGCAGUAAAUCCAAGAAUAUUCUGAAAUUAGGAAUGUGUUCAGUAGUACCUACGUUUGUAUAAUUUCAAUUCUGGUGUGGAGUAAUAUGUAUGUUAGAAAAUUUUAAGAAAUUCAAGUUUUUUCUAUGCUUUGGUAAUUAAGAAACCAAGGUGAUUCAUCAUUGCA